CUUAAGCAUUUUUCAACACUUUCGGCAGAACAAAUUUUUAGGUGUUGUGACAUAAAUAGCUUUAAGUACUGUUACCAAAAAUGAUUCGCAAAGUUAUACCAACGGUGCAGAUUAUUCUGAAAGCUCAAAGACCAUUGAGCUCAAUAAGAUUGAGCAGUAGCAGCAUUUACGAACCGGAUUAUCUUGAUUCGCUUAAACCCAAAUACCCCCAAUUUGAGAGUUUAAAUGUGCAGAUUAAGGGUUAUGAUUACCCCAUACUUGAAAGCUACCAGAGCUUUUUGCACAGUGUAGCUGAAUAUUUGGACAUUGACGUUUUGGAUUGCUACGCCCUUCCGCCACAACAAACCCAAGUACAGCGGCUCCGUCCAAACUCUGCUGUCGUGGAAGCAGAGUAUAAGCUGACAACGUACGAGCGCAGUCUGCAGCUAAACAACGUUGAAGCGCCCGUUUAUCCCCAAUUUCUACGCAUCGCAGAGGCAGCGCUGCCCGAAGGCGUUAAGCUUACCGUGCAACAGCACACGGACGACUGCGAGGAGCGGCGUUAUGUGCCUGACAGAGAUUUGUUGGACUUGAAGGCGGAGUUAGAGCGCAUGCAGGGUGGCGUUGUAAAAAAGAAAUAGUUGGACCAGAUUUUGCCAUUUAGGAAAACAUUUAAUUACCACUAGGCUUUGUUCAAAUAUUUGUAUAAACAAAGAAAAAAACAAUAAUGCAAGCAAUGGCUUACUUCGCCGUUCACUA